CAAGCAAACAUUUGCCAUCUACAACAAAGACCAACUUCAAAACAAACCACCUACCACUACCAAACAAACACAUCCACAAUGGGUCUGACCGACGAUAAGAAGAACACGGCCGACUCGGCCACCGAAGGUGUUACCGGAGCCGCUCAGUUCCUCACCAGCACGCUGGGCAACACGGUCGGCGGCCUUGGACGUACAGUCGGAAACGUCACCGGCGCUGCGACCCGAGGCGUUGGCGACACCCUGACAGCCGCUACCGGUGACCUUGGCCGUCCCGUCGGCGACGCGGUGGGCAACCUGGGCACCGGCGUCCAGGGCGGACUUGACAGCGUCUCCAAGGGCGUCGAGAAUGCCGGAGAAUGGAAGAAGCAGUGAUGGAGGACAAGGCUAUGAUGGAAGGAAUGGGAGACUGUAAUGAUAUUAGGAUAUGAAUUGGUAUGGAGUGUAGGAUCAUUUGGGUUAUUAUUUACAACAAGUUGCACGAUCAAUGAAUGCGAGCAACGUUUCUUC